UGUCUAUAUCGAAGGAGUGGGGCGAGGAUCAAGGCCGCAGUUUCUUUGCGUGUUGGUGAAGGAUGGGAGAAUACACGAGCGAGAGCAUAUAACACCGUAUGAUUGCCUUCAAGAUCAAGUUGCAGUACCAGUAGGUCUUCUUUGCGUCCGAGGAAGAGUGACGUGAGCUUUAAACAAGCGUCGGCCGUCGGCUUGAUGAUGCAGGAGUCAGGACGUGAAAAUAGACUUCGAGACCCAGGCAUGAUCCCGGACCAAUGUAAGAUUACUCGCAGUCAGCAAACCAUGAUUCGCACCGUCUUGAAGGUGUUGCUUCGAACCCCCUGGACCAAGAAUAGCUGCAGAUGCCAAAGUCCGUCGAGGCACAUCGAGGUCUUUGUCGUGUGUGAAGGUUAUUGGCACCGUCCAGCCUUGGUCCAUUCAGUCAAAGCCACCGCCUGUGGUCGUGCAGGAUCAUCAGCACUCAGCCGUACAGUAGCAGAUCCCCUUCGCCACCCUGCAGCAAACCGAGCUUCGCUGUCGCACGGUCUUGAGUAUGCUGGUGAUAUCGUGGAAUCUCCCUGGAUCUCACAAAGUGGAAACUUGACGUGCAGAGGAGCAAUGUGUUCGGGAUUUGCCAGACACCACGACUGCCCAGAGAAGCUUCAGCAGCUGCUUAAAUAUUGGGUGGCGCCGGGAUCGUCAGCAAUCGUGUCGGAUUCGAUCCUUCGCCGGGCUUGCAGCGGCUUGCAUCAAGCUUGCGCGCUCACUAACGACGAAGGCGAAGCAUCCUGUGCGCCUUCCAUGAUUCCAUCCCGACUCUCUCGACUUGGAACAGCGGCGGGGAGCUGAAGAACGCCCCUUCCUCUGGGAGAUGGUGUGUGGCUCUUCGAGGUUCGCGCUGCAAAAGGUAUUUCGAGGAGGAUGGCGUGUUCUUCUCUCACAUUUCUCCAACUCACUUCACUUUGCACAAGAUAUCCCCCUUCACCUUGCUAAUCGCUACAAGCAUUCUUGCGACAUUCACCUAUUGGAGCCUCGCCCUGCGUACAUAAACUUUACGACAACGUCGGCGCCAUUUUCGCUAGCAAUACGAACAGCUCAACCCUGCAGCCCCUCGUGUCUGCUUGCUUUUCCCCUUUUCCCGUCAAAUAUUCACUUAACUCUCGACAAUUGCGGACACCACAUCGAGAUCUGCUGGUCGUACGACGACCGAAAUGCCAGGCUCGGUUCGGACAAUCGACACAACC